GUGUAGGUUGAUAUUGCUCCUGCAUCCCUGUUGGUUGGUGGAUUUAGGGAGGCGUAUCUAAGUUCUGAUAAAUUUUCAUGUCAUUUCCUAUUCAUAUUGUAUUCAUGUAUUUAUUUUAAUUCAGUUGUGAAAAGAUACAAGAGGAUGGAUUUUAAAGCAAUGUGGUCAAUUUCAUAGUAUUCUAUUUUUUGUUUAUUUAGUGGUGGUCAAGAGGUGCCACAAUGAUUGGUGGACUGUUUGUGUAUAACCACAAGGGGGAAGUGCUGAUAUCGAGGGUGUACAGAGAUGACAUUGGCCGUAAUGCUGUCGACGCAUUUAGGGUCAAUGUUAUUCAUGCCAGACAGCAAGUUCGCUCGCCGGUCACUAACAUAGCUCGUACCUCUUUCUUUCAUAUUAAGAGAGCCAAUAUUUGGCUGGCAGCUGUUACCAAGCAGAAUGUCAAUGCUGCGAUGGUGUUCGAGUUUCUCCUCAAAGUCAUAGAUGUCAUGCAGUCCUACUUUGGUAAAAUUUCUGAAGAAAACAUCAAGAACAAUUUCGUACUCAUCUAUGAAUUACUUGAUGAGAUUCUGGAUUUUGGAUACCCACAGAAUUCUGACACUGGUGUGCUCAAGACAUUCAUCACCCAGCAGGGUGUGAAGUCACAGAGCAAGGAGGAGCAGGCGCAGAUCACUUCACAGGUGACGGGGCAGAUCGGUUGGCGACGUGAGGGCAUCAAGUAUCGCCGCAACGAACUGUUCCUUGACGUCCUGGAGUAUGUCAACCUGCUCAUGUCCCCACAAGGACAAGUGCUGUCAGCCCACGUCGCUGGUAAGGUGGUCAUGAAGUCCUACCUCUCCGGAAUGCCAGAGUGUAAGUUCGGUAUCAACGACAAGAUAGUGAUGGAUGCCAAGGGCAAGGGUGGAGCUGGUGGGUUGAGCGUUGCGGGAGGUGGUGAGGAUCCGGCACGCUCUGGGAAACCUGUGGUAGUCAUUGACGACUGCCAGUUCCACCAGUGUGUCAAGCUGUCCAAGUUCGAGACGGAACAUUCCAUUAGUUUCAUUCCGCCUGAUGGUGAAUUUGAGCUCAUGAGAUAUCGCACAACCAAGGACAUAUCUUUGCCAUUCCGUGUGAUACCACUGGUGCGAGAGGUGGGCCGCACACGCAUGGAGGUAAAGGUUGUCCUUAAGAGUAACUUCAAGCCAUCUCUGCUCGGUCAGAAGAUGGAGGUCAAGAUUCCAACACCUCUUAAUACUUCUGGGGUACAGUUCAUCUGCCUCAAGGGCAAGGCCAAGUACAAGGCGUCGGAGAAUGCCAUUGUAUGGAAGAUCAAGAGGAUGGCGGGUAUGAAGGAGACACAGCUGAGUGCAGAGAUAGAGUUGCUGGAGACUGAUACAAAGAAAAAAUGGACAAGACCACCGAUAUCUAUGAACUUUGAGGUACCGUUUGCGCCGUCUGGCUUCAAAGUGCGCUACCUCAAGGUGUUUGAGCCAAAACUGAACUACUCAGAUCACGAUGUGAUCAAAUGGGUUCGAUACAUCGGGCGCAGUGGUCUCUACGAAACUCGAUGUUAGAUCUGAGAUGAACCUGUAUCUCCUUUCUGCCCCUAAUAAAGUCUAUCCUGCAGUUGUUGUUGAUCCCAGACCUAGAGCAUGAAAUAUUAUUGGUACACGAUAUCAUUGAAUGUAAUUGUAUAGACAAAGGACUUUAUUUAUGUAUUUAUUUUAUAUAUACUCUUCUGAAAAUGAUAUGCUUACAAACUGUUUAGAGCUCAUAAUUUUUAUUGAGGAAGGUGAGGAUUAAUCAUUGGUAUACAUUAUCUUUGUUUUAAUUUACAAGAGACGUUUUGUAUAUGUAAAACAUCUUAUAAUUAUACAAAUUGAAACUGUACAAAUCCUUACCAUCUUGAGAAAAGUAUGAUUGUAAUUUGAGAUAUACCACUAUGUGAUUUUGCAAACUCUCUAUGUACUCUAUAAUGAAGUACUAAAUGCUAUAUUGAACAUUAUUGUGAAUAAAUAACUAAGUAACUAUUCUAGCUACUAUAAAGGGAAAAAUAUGUAUGCAAUACAUGUAUUAGAAUGCUUGGUAUAUACAUAUAUACUAUAAGCUGCUUUAAACAUUUUUGUUGAUUUACAGAUAUUAUUAUUUCAUAAUUGUGUGAUUUUUAUAUUAUAUAUGUUAUUAAUGUAUCUAUCUAUUUACCUCUGUGUUUCUUGUUUUGUUUCUAUUUACUUUUCAAACAACAUUAAAAUAAUGGAAAUCAUUUAGAAAAAGCACAUGGCUAAAUAAAUUAUGUUAUGUUAA